UUUACCGGCGGCUCCAGCAGCCUCUCUCCUCAGUCUGCUCCCCGCUGCUGCCACUGUUCAUCGGACAAACGGGACGGUAGCACCGCGCCACACGCUGCAGCUCUGUUUGGAUUUAUUUCACCCUUAAAACUUGGAUAUUAUUUGGAAAUUCAUCGCGUCGCCACAAUGUUGGCUGAUUUGAGCAGCUUGUAGGUGCUGGCGGGUCCUCAGUGACUGCAGCCAGUGGUCUACCCCUCCUCACCCCUCCACCUCUCUAUUUUCCUGCACCAACCUUUGAAGUGAGGCCAGGAGUGUGAACUGCUCUCCAGUCAAACCUGCUCCCCCUGUCCCUCCUGCCAUCUUCAAAGAGUCUCCAGACACACACACACAGACACUCACACACUUAUUUGGCUCCAAAGGACACAGGAAAACAGUGAGAUAGUUGGACUUUAAAAGGAAGGCCCGCUAAAGGAUAUAACACCGUCCCAUAAAUCUUUAGAGGGAUUAUUCCACGUCACAGGAUCUAAACAUGGGGAACCAGCUAACAGAAAUUGCCCCCACCACCCCGUUCCUCCCCAGCUUCCAGUCUUUACACGUAGUGGUGAUCGGUUUGGACUCUGCGGGGAAAACCUCCCUCCUCUACAGACUCAAGCUGCGGGAGUUUGUCGAGACGAUCCCCACCAAAGGCUUCAACAUGGAGCGGAUUAAGGUGCAGAUGGGGAACUCCAAAACCAACACCACUGCGUUCCAGGUAUGGGACGUGGGAGGUCAGGAGAAACUGAGGCCCCUGUGGAAGUCAUACACCAGGAGGACGGACGGGCUGGUGUUUGUGGUGGACGCGGCCGAGACGGAGCGCAUGGAGGAGGCCAAAGUGGAGCUCCACCGGAUCACACGGUCGGCGGAGAACCAGGGGGUGCCCGUGCUGGUUCUGGCAAACAAACAGGACCUGGAUGGAGCCAUGUCAGCUUCAGAGGUGGAGAAGGUGCUGACACUCCACGAGCUGAGCUCGUCUACACUGCACCACACGCAGGGCUGCUCGGCACUGGACGGUCAGGGCCUGCAGCCCGGCCUGGAGAAACUCUAUGAGAUGAUCCUGAAGAGGAAGAAGAUGCUGCGACACAGCAAAAAGAAGAGAUGAGGCGGUGGCACGGAAGCAGUGCUAGCGAUCAAGAUGACUCUUUGAACCACUAUUUGUCUGAGGAUGUUCUCUGCAGAUAUGUCUGUGACACUUUUGGAACUUCAGUCGGUGAAACCGGAGGGAAACCUGUCAGUCACUUCAGACAGAUUGGGAUGUCUUCAACCAAAUUGAAACUGUGGCUCUGAAGUCGGUGCCAAAUGUUCCCACCUCCCUUCACCCUUUAGACAUUUGGGCAGACCUGCUUCCUUCGGGAUUGUUUCUGCUCUUGAGCACUCCUCCCUCUCCUUAUCUCCUCUCUUUAAGGAGCUCUGCAGAGAGACAAUAGAGCUCCCGAGGGGACAGCAGAGGAAAACCUGUGCAAUAUAUGAUGAACGCUCACUGAUGCACUCACUCCAUUAUUGAAGGAUUUUGUACCACUACUUGUCCAAACUGUAGUGCCAACAGAAACCUGCAGGCCUGACCCUUGCAUAGUUCCUGUUCCUUUCACCAAGUUUCAAAUGUCACACUUUACUCUAAAUCGUUAUGUUGCAUGAUGUUCACCCAAACACCUGCUUGGGAAUAUUAAGACAACACUUUUGUUGAUCAAAAGAAAACUAUUCUGAUUAUUCUAGUUUAGUAACUGCCCAGUGUUCAGUUAGUUAUGCCAUUGGGUCUACAGUUAAGAUGUGCCACCAACAUGACACACUCAGGCUGCUGAAUCCAGCCAUGCAAGUUUAGAUUGUUUUUCACUCUCCACCAAAGUUGUUUGCUUGUCUCAGUUCGGUGUAUUUCAGGGUUGGUUGGUUGGUUGGUGAGUUCAAACAAGAAGUUGUUUUUACAUUGUGUACAUUUUUGUUUUGUAAAAUGUCAACAUAUGAAUAAAUUAUUGAGAAACUUUGGCAUUAAA